UUAUUUUGAAAGUUGACUCCUUCAUAACUCUGGAAACAUCAUGAACAAGCUACAUCUAUUAGCAGGUGUUUGCUUUGCCCUGGGCAGCGUGGUCUCUUCUUCUAGACUAGCGUGCUACUUCACCAACUGGUCCCAGUACAGAACUGGUGCUGGGAAGUUCCUUCCUUCUGAUGUAGACCCAAAUCUGUGCACGCACCUGACUUAUGCCUUUGCUGGUAUAAACAAUGCUAACGAGCUCGCUACUGUUGAAUGGAAUGACAAGGUGCUCUACAAAUCCUUCAACGCACUCAAAGAAAGGAAUCCCCUCUUGAAGACACUGUUAGCCGUUGGAGGAUGGAUUCUCGGCACAGCAAAGUUUACAAAGAUGGUGGCGACGCCCGCCAGUAGAGGCACGUUCAUCCAGUCCUCCAUCAGCAUGCUGAGACUACACGGGUUUGACGGACUGGAUCUAGACUGGGAAUACCCUGGAGCCAGGGGAAGCCCCGCGGAGGACAAGCACAGGUUUACACUGCUCUGCAAGGAACUAAUGGAGGCUUAUGAAGCAGAGGCAACAGCCACAGGCCGUCCCAGACUGAUGCUUACUGCUGCUGUAGCUGCUGGGAAAGAUAAAAUUGAUGGUGGAUAUGAGAUAGCAGAGAUCUCGAAGUACUUGGACUUCAUCAAUCUUAUGACCUAUGACUUUCAUACUAGUGGGGAGAGCAAAGUAGCACAUCAAAGCCCGCUGUACAAGGGGACGCAUGAGACAGGAAAAGCUGCUCAGUUCAACACAGACUUUGCCAUGAAGUACUGGCGGGACCAGGGAGCGCCUGCAGCCAAACUGAAUUUGGGUCUGGCUACCUACGGCCGAGCCUUCCACCUGUCGUCUCCACUCAGUGAGUCCGGAGCCCCAGCCAACGGGCCCGCUGCUGCAGGCCCUUACACAAGAGACGCUGGCUUCUGGUCUUACUAUGAGAUUUGCACUUUUAUCCAGCAAGGUGCGGUCCGGUGGCUAGAUGAUCAGCAGGUUCCAUAUGCCACCAAAGGAGCGGAGUGGGUCGGAUAUGACAACAAGGACAGCUUCAAGAGCAAAGUAGAGUACCUCAAAACCAACAACUAUGGAGGAGCGUUCGUUUGGGCUCUUGAUCUAGAUGAUUUCUCAGGACAGUUCUGCAAUCAGGGGAAAUACCCUCUGAUGAGCCACCUCCACGCUCUUCUGAAUUCAGGUAAACCUGCUGCCCCCACCACCACCACCACCCCCACCACCACCCCUACCACCACCACCACCACAACCACCCCCAUCACCACCAACGCCCCUGUUCCCAGCGCUGCGUUCUGUGCAGGCAAGCCAGACGGCUUCUAUAGCAAUGAUAAUGACGUCAAGUCCUUCUACCAGUGCUCCUAUGGGAUGACUUAUACACACAAGUGUCCUGCCAGCCUUGUCUUCAAGGACAGUUGCAAAUGCUGUAAUUGGGCCUAGGAAUUAACAUUGAUAACUGGCACUUAACAUACGCACUUA